AAGAAAGAGAUAAAUGAAAAAGGUAAACGUGUCAAAAUUAAGGAGAUGUGUAGCAAAUUAGUCCUAGUGGUGCUACUUUUGUAGGCAAAUGAACCCCCCUUUACCAAAAUUCAGGUAACAAAAUCAGCAAAAAUGAAAUCGUGGCUCGCUCUCAAGAACAUUCACUAUUCACCGCCAAAUUUUUCCACUUCCGCCGCCAAUUCCGUAACGCCACCGCGCCUCUGUUCGCCCUCCACUUCUUCUAACCUUCGAUUCUCUUCCUUUAUGAUAAAUUUACAAAGCUCAAUAACCCACUCCUCUUCUUAUCCUAAUACGUCUUCCGGCCGCUGCCGAGCUACUAGUGCUGGACCACCUUCGCCUCCACAGACCGAACCACCUGAUAACGACGAAAACUCAUCAUCGUCUCCAGGAUACAACCAUCAGAGUAAACUGAAGAAUAUGGAUGACGAACACAAUAAAUAUGCCAUAACUUGGAGGUUAUUGGUUGGAAUGAGCUGAGUACUAUCGUCAUUAAUAAAUUGUGGCCAAUGCACUUUUAUUUUCAGAUUCCCUUUAACCAUUUCUGAAAUGAUCAGUUCGCAUCAUUAACAGAGAUAAGGCAUUGCGAGGCCAAACAACCCGUACCGUAUAGUUAUAAUGUUUCAUUCACAUUGUAUCAAGUUGAGUAAUUGUCCAAUGAAUAAUUUGUGUCACUUGCUCAAUAACCUGAAACAAAUAUUGUUACAUCCUUUUAUCGUUCUUCCUUUCUUUUUUGUAUGUUAUUUUGGGGUGUGUAAAAUGCAGGUAAAUAUAUCAGGCAGCUGUUUUAUCCGUUGUAAUGAUAUGUUCCAAUGACAAGGACUCAUCAGUAUUAGUAUUGGCAGGCAAAAAAUAGUAAAAUUUCGUGCUUCGCCUGAAAUGUUAUUCUUUUUAAGUUUAAUGGCUUAGCAUAGCUUUUCUGCUUUGCUAUUGUUUUUGGGUCCCAUGGUAGAGCUGGUUUGUGCUCUGAAUGAAGGGAUCUCCUCGUACAUUAUUUGUAAAUUGAUUGUACGAGAUGCUGAUGGUCAAGACUUGUGAUAAUUUGGAAAGUUAUGAUGAUUGAGUAUGUCAAGAACUUUGACGUUGUUUACUUUUCUUCUCAAACUAAUUGAAGUCUCCUUUUUCUUGAGCAUAUGCAGUGACAGUGCUCAUAUUUUUAAGGAUCCUUGACAAAUGUUUAAAUUUCUUAACCAGGUAUCAUGGCAUCUUUCUCGAAAGCACAAGACACCAUGCGGAUAUUUUUUGCUGUGUUAUUCUGGAUGUCACUUUUCUUCUGGUAUUCUGUGUGGGAUGGAAAGAAUGAUGGCAGACCGAACAAGGGUUCUCGAUUUAGAAGAUAAAAUUGUAAGAAAAUUCUUUAUGGUGUCAUGUACAAUUAACUCCUGAUGUUGUCUUACGCUAUAGUGUAUAGCAUGGGAGCAUAAGGGAAAAAAAGAAAAAGAGGAGAAAUUUAGUGUCUAAAGCUGUUUAGAGUUGCUGAAAGAAUGGAGAUAAUUCUCUCUACUUCACUAAAAGGUAGUUUAGAGCUCCUUGUUAGCCAAGCUAGCAUCAGUUCAUUCAUGCUGUGAUUUUACUCCUUUAGAGCCUUGAGAGUAAAAUCUUCUGUACAAUUAUAUGGGAUUAGAGUCUGUGGCAGUGCUCCUUAUAUUCUUUCAUCUUAGGUAAAAUAAUACGUUUCCCUGUCUUGUUCAAGAACUUACGAGCUACUCCAUGUUUUCUUCCAUCUUGAAUUGAGGAAUACCUUUUCCUGUCUUGUUUAAGAAC